AUGGCUACACAGCCGGUUGCAAUAACUGGAUAUACUUAUGAUGAGUUAAUGCUUAAACAUGAAUGUCCAUGGGCAAAAGAUCAUCAUGAAAGUCCUCUUCGUUUAUCAUCAAUUCUUGAUCGAUGUCGUGAAUUAAAAUUAUUUGAUCGUUGUCUUUUUGUCAAGUGUACAAAAGCAAAUGACGAUGAUAUUCUACUGUAUCAUAAUGAAAGUCUUUUAAAAAGUUUAUCACAAGCACCAUGUAAAAAUAUUGAACAAUUAAAAGAAUUUUGUCGAACAUAUGACGAUGUUUAUAUGAAUGAAUUUUCACUCGAAGCUGCAAAAUUAGCUGUUGGUGGUUCACUUAAUCUUUUGGAUAGUAUUAUGACAAAUAAGUGUCAAAAUGGUUUUGCUCUUGUACGUCCACCGGGUCAUCAUGCAAUGGAAAAUGAAAUGAAUGGUUUUUGUCUAUUUAAUAAUGUUGUCAUAACUGCAAAAACUGCUAUUGAAAAAUAUAAUUUACAAAGAGUUUUAAUUAUCGAUUGGGAUGUUCAUCAUGGUCAAGGUACACAAUAUGCUUUUUAUGAUACGAAUAAAGUUUUAUGUAUAUCAACUCAUCGAUAUGAAUAUGGUCAAUAUUGGCCAAGUCUUGCUGAAUCAGAUUUUGAUUUUAUUGGUGAAGGUGAUGGACAAGGAUUUAAUGUGAAUAUACCAUUGAAUAAAACUGGAUUAAAAAAUGCCGAUUAUUUAUAUAUAUUUUUUAAUAUUAUCUUACCAAUUGCAUAUGAAUAUGAUCCUGAUUUAGUACUUGUUUCAGCUGGAUAUGAUGUCGCACUUGGUUGUCCGGAGGGUGAAAUGAAAAUUACUCCGGAUACAUUUGCACAUUUAACACAUUAUUUAAAAGGUUUAGCUAAUGGAAAAGUGAUGAUACUUCUUGAAGGUGGUUAUUGUAUUGAUACAUUAGCUGAAAGUGCUGUAUGGACAUUACGUUCAUUACUUGGUGAUCCAUGUUCACCUUUACAAGCAUGUACAAAUCCUGAUCCAAUUGUCAGAAAAACGGUUGCUUGUUGUAAAAAUGUUUUGAAAGAUUAUUGGCAAUCAUUACGUAUUGAUUUAACGGAUAAAUGUGAAAUUUGGAUUAAAGAAGCCAAACGUAAACAAGCAUUAAUUCCAUUAAUUAAUAAUAAAAUUCGACCAAUACAAUAUGAUUUAACUCCUACUCUGAUCAUUAAACAAACCGAAGAACAAUUAUUAAAAAUUCAACAAGAUAUAAAACGUGCAUUAGAAUUAGCACCACAUCAAAAACCAUUAGAACGAGGACGUACACUUCUUGUUUAUGAUGAAUUAAUGAAAAAAUUUCAUUCAAGAGGUCAUUGUGAACGACCUGGUCGAAUAGAAGCUAUUUGGAAAGGUGUUCAAAGUCGUGGUCUUGAUCAACGUUGUAAAAUGAUUCCAAGUCGUCUGGCAACAAAAGAAGAAAUUCUUCUUGCUCAUAAUGAUGAAUUCUAUGAACUUAUGAAAAGUACAAAAACAGCGAGUGAAAGACAAUUAAAACAAUUAAAAGGAGCACUUCGUUCUGUUGAAUAUACAAAUGACGUAUUUGAUAAUGCUCUUCUAGCUGCUGGUUCUUGUUUAAAUAUGAUUGAUGCAAUAAUGACGGAUGAAGGACGAAAUGGUUUUGCUAUUGUUCGUCCACCUGGUCAUCAUGCUCAUUGUAGUUUAGAUUAUGGAUUUUGUUAUUUUAAUAAUGUUGCUAUUUGUGCAAGAUAUUUACAAAGACAUUAUAAUCUUCAGAGAAUUUUAAUUAUUGAUUUUGAUUAUCAUAUGGGUGAUGGAGUUAAGGAUGUUUUCUAUGAAGAUCCUGGAGUACUUUAUAUAUCAUUACAUUGUUAUGAUGCAUUUCCACCUAAUGAAGGUCAUCCGAAUGAUAGUGGAAAAGAUAAAGGACUUGGAUAUAAUAUUAAUAUCGGAUGGUUAAAAUUUGAUCCACCAGCUGUUGAUGCAGAUUAUAUAAAUGCUUUUCAUCAUGUUAUUUUACCAAUUGCUUAUGAAUAUAAUCCAGAAUUUGUAUUAGUUUGUGCUGGUUUUGAUGCUGCUGAAGGAGAUCGUAUUGGUUGGGGAAAAUUAUCAGCUUGUGCUUAUUCGCAAAUGACUCAUAUGUUACUUUCAUUAGCGAAUGGACGUGUUUUGGAAGUACUUGAAGGAGGUUAUUGUUUACAUCAAUUAAAUAUUUGUGGUUCAGCUUGUGUAGCUACACUUCUUGGUGAUUCACCUAUUCGUUGUUCAGAAGAUUCAGCAAAAUAUCCUCAAGAUCUUGUAUCUGUACGAACUAUUCAAAUGAUUAAAGAUAUUCAUCGAUCAUUUUGGACAUCAUUAUUUACAAUUCCUGAUCAAAAUGAGAAUGCAAUUGAUAAAUUAGCAGAGAAUCUUGAAAAAACGGCAAUAAAAAACAAUUAA